ACUUGUACCACCCCUCCUACAUGCUUGAGCUAGGAGCUUUCGAGCUAGCAUCUUGACUCGAAUUGACAUACCGGACAUUAUGGACAAUGCUAACCUUCCGCCGAUGCAUGGUAUGGGAGUGGCGAUUUAUCUCAUAUCGCUGAUAUUUGUGGCUUUUUCGGUUGCGACUGUAGGUCUUAGAACCUACGUGCGGUGGUCUGAGAAGUUACUUUGGUGGGAUGACGGAUUGAUGCUUUUAGGACUGAUUGUCUUUGUCGCCCAGGUCGCUAUCAGUUGCAGGAGUGUUUACUUCGGUGUCGGCUAUCGAAUCGAGGAUCUUACCGAUUAUAAACGUGCACACGCCAACAAAUACUUGACGAUAUGGAUGCUACUAUACUCGGUCUGCCUGCUCUCGGUCAAGAGCUCCAUCUGUAUAACCGUAUUGCGGCUCAGCGAGACACUGAAAUACGUCCGAUUCUCGAUCUACGCCUUACUAGCGUUAUGUGUCUCGGCUUCCUUGAUCUCUAUUAUAGGGGGUAUCACCCAAUGUCGUCCUGGUUCGACUGAUGGAACAUGUUCAUCCUGGGAUGCGGUCUAUGGCAUUGCUUAUACUACUACGGUCAUAACAAUUAUUACUGAUAUAGCGUGUGCUAUAUUGCCUGCUAUAAUUCUAUGGAAGACACAACUAAGAUUGAGAACCAAGGCAUUGGUUUGCAUCCUCCUGUCUUUUGGUUCCUUUGCUUCCGUCUGCGCGAUAGUUCGUAUGCCGCUCAUUAAAUACUACGGGGAUCCACAGCUACUAUAUUAUGUCGCGAUCGUCAUACUGUGGUCGAACAUCGAAAUCGGCGUCGGCCUCAUCGCGGGCUCCAUCCCAGUCCUGCAAAGAUUGAUCAUGAGCCGAAUGAAGAAGCAGAAAAUACCCCACUCACCGAUUCCUGUAGACUUGGUGACUUUCGGAAGCACUCCGGUCAAGACGCGCCGUCACGUAGGGGGCUUCAACAACCCGACCGACACCGGCUUUAGCAUGGUAACAGUACACGCGAGCCAUCCUUCUCGGGAUUGGGAACGACUAGAUGAUGACUCUAGCGUUGGCACAUGUGUUAUACGUACUGAUUAUACCGUUGAUGUUGAUAUUGAAUAGUCGGAGGUGUCGGUACGCCCGCUAGCAGGUGAACAAAAAUGAAAACGUGAAAUGAGAGAUGUAAAGUAAAAGGGGUUCUGUUACACAAAGGCGCAAGCUGGCAAUGGGAGGUUGUUUUUGUAGAAUAUUACGUCCUGG